ACACGGGGUUGCAGCCAUUCCUAUUAUAGAAAACCUCGACUCUCCCAAGAUUGAUUCUCUAUUUCUUUCAUGAAUUCUAUUCACUCGACAUCUAAAUUCUCAAAUCUAAUCAUUUGAAGGAGAGCGGCCAAAUAACUCAGCCAUACUGAAAUUUAUAUUCAUUCCCGAGGUCCCUUCAAAUCUCCCGAUUUUCAAUCGAUUUUUCAAUAAGGAGCUUGCUGGACAAAUUCAAACCCCCCUGUUCAAACGUCUACUUAGAAGACAAGAUCAGACAAUUUUGCAACAGACUUCAUUGCUUCUCAAUGCUACUGGGAUUAUUUGCAACAACAUUCGUCUCAAUUCAUUAUCGACAAAGUUUUACGAGCUAGGUUGAGCAUCUCCAACAUCCUUUAACCUCACGAAACCAUAAACUGCUUCUGAUAAUCCAAAUAUUGGAUAUAUCUGAUACAGCCUUCUCCCUUGUGAAACGCACUGUUACAUCCGAUCUACACCUACUUGAUCAAAGAGUUCGGAUGGCAUUUCUGAAAGGACGGUAAUCUUCGUCUCUAUCAACGGGUUAUCUCCCUGAAAUUUAUAUCGUUUAGGGAAUAGAAAGGAAAAUCAGAUAUUAUUGUACAUCCGUACUGGGGUUCGUUUAGGAAAACCUGUCGUCCGAAUUUUUAGCUUGACCUCCGCAACAAACGACUGUACGAGCGUUGGUUACGGCUCCAAGAGAAUAUUUCUCUCCGCGUAUCCCAUCAUCGAAAGUAUCAAGUGAUUAGUGUGGCUCGCCGAUCGAACAACCUUUAUUAUUCAAGACUCGCCCACAUACCUUAGCUUUUCAUUUGCUCCUCUUUCCUCAGCGUUACAGAAGAACAAGACUUUCCCCGUCAAAGUUCCCAUACAAGCUUUCCAAGCUGUUGGCUGCUGGCUCGGAUCAUUCUUUUCUUUUGAUGAGCAUUCAUUUUUUACGCAUUUUUUUCAAAUAGUACAUUUAAUACUUUUUCGUGAGAUCGGAAAGUUUGGUUGAUUCUCUCAGUCACACAAACGGUCAACGAUCUCACUCAAUUAUCUUCAUCAAUCUUGUCGCUGGACGACUUUUAAUAUUUGGGAUAUUCGGGUAUAGAGAAGAUGGGGCUUCUACAGUUUUUGAAGAGUCAGCUCCGAGGAACAAAAUUACUGUUUAAUUUCCUCUUCCACGGCUUUCACAUUGGUCUAUUUGCUUUGGGGUGGUGAGUAAGCUCUUGACCUAUCCGUCUUUCAUUCACUAACAAGUCAUCCAGGUGGAAGCAAGCUAGUGACCCUAGACUAGCCGGUCUGAAUACCCUCACAUUCUCAGUAUGGAUAUCAAGAGGUGCCGGUCUAGCUUUGUCCGUCGAUGUUGCAAUGAUCUUAUUACCUAUGUGUCGCAACAUUUUGAGAUAUGUUAGACCAAAGAUCAAGUUCCUACCACUGGAUGAAUCUCAAUGGUUUCAUCGACAGGUAGCAUACUCAUUGUUAUUUUGGACAAUAUUUCACGUAGCUGCUCACUAUGUCAAGUAAGUAUUACGUCAUUGCACUACCUUUUGGGCGCUAACAUCACACAGUUUCUUCAAUGUUGAAAAGACUCAGAUUAGACCUGUGAGCGCAAUUCAGAUACACUACACUGAAGCUGGUGGUAUCACUGGUCAUAUUAUGCUGCUAUGCAUGAUGUUGAUGUAUACGACUGCUCAUGCCAAGAUUAGACAACAAUCUUUCGAGACAUUUUGGUAUACGCAUCAUUUAUUUAUUCCAUUUUUACUUGCAAUGUACACUCAUGCUACCGGAUGCUUUGUUCGUGAUACUGCGGAACCCUUUUCUCCAUUUGAUGGCAAGAACUUCUGGGGACAUUGCUUAGGAUAUGAAGGUUGGCGUUGGGAACUUUGGGGUGGCGGGCUUUACUUUAUUGAGCGUGUGUAUCGUGAAAUCCGAAGCAGAAGAGAAACUCAGAUUGUUCGAGUCGUUCGUCAUCCAUAUGGUAUACUUCUUUCCAAUCAUUUAUCACCAAUCGAGUACUAAAACUUUAUAGAUGCGAUGGAAAUUCAAUUCCGAAAGCCAUCAAUGAAGUACAAGGCAGGCCAAUGGCUUUUCCUCAAUGUUCCAUCCGUUUCCCGGGAACAAUGGCAUCCUUUUACCAUCACAUCAUGCCCAUUUGACCCCUACAUUUCAAUACACAUACGUCAAGUCGGUGACUUUACCCGCACUCUCGGAGACGCUCUCGGAGCCGGAGCUGCUCAAGCCAAACUCUACGACGGUGUAGACCCGAACGGUAUGUACGAAGUAGCACUCGAAAACGGCCAAAAAAUGCCCGAAAUCCGCAUCGACGGUCCCUACGGUGCACCCGCUGAGGACGUCUUUGAAAACGAAGUCGCCGUCCUCAUCGGUACUGGUAUCGGUGUGACACCAUGGGCAUCCAUUCUUAAAAACAUCUGGCAUCUUCGUCACGGGACCAAUCCUCCAGAACGUCUUCGUCGCGUGGAAUUCAUUUGGGUUUGUAAAGACACGACUUCUUUUGAAUGGUUCCAAGUACUCCUCUCAUCCCUGGAAGCGCAAUCGCAAGAGGCGGCUGCACAACAGGGUGGUGAUAGUCAGGAGUUCUUACGUAUUCAUACUUAUUUAACUCAAAAAUUGGACAUCGACACGGCGCAAAAUAUCGUGUUGAACAGUGUAGGAGCCGAUGUCGAUCCCUUGACCGAACUUAAAUCCAGAACCAAUUUCGGAAGACCAGACUUCUUAAAAUUGUUUGAAGGCAUGAGAGAUGGAAUAAUGGAUAAGACUUAUUUAUCAGGCUUGGAGGGUGAUUUUAAAACUAACAUUGGAGUUUACUUUUGUGGUAUGUUUAUCUUGUUCUUUUCCCUUUUUGAACUACAUCACACUAUAUCCCAUAGUCUCCUUCUCUUUCCCACCAAUCCUCGCUUUCAGAGGCAGAUAGAUAAAUAGAUAGAUAAAUACUAAUACAGAAAAAAUAGGACCAAACAUAGCAGCGCGCUCCAUCAAAAAAGCAUGCAAGCAAGCCACGACUCGCGAUGUCAAUUUCUCGUUUUGGAAAGAACAUUUUUAGAUGUAAUCUUAGGAUAGGAGGAUAGAUUCGUGAUUGAAGUUGCUUAACAUUCGAAGGAAGUGAAGUUAGCCGACUUGAUGAUGGGAGGGAGCAGAAGUGUAGGGUUUGGAAGACUAUACAAUAUCAUACGAUGGGAUGGAAUGCGAUGGAAUUGCAUAGGAUAGGAUAGGAGAUUUUACUAUAUAUUUAUUGAUUGAUGGAUGGAUGGAUAAAAAUAACACGCAGAUAGCGGAUUUUGAAUUGAAUUGAACUGAAUUGGAGGAAAAACUU